AUGGUCGUUGGAAGUAUACACACUUACACCAAGGUGAUCUUUACUGAAGUGACAUGCUUCAUCACCCAGACCAAGGUGAUGGUUAAAGAAGAAGAUGGUGGCCCUCCCCUAAAGGGACUGAAAUUUGUCAUUGACAAAGGAGUGACUGAAGCUAAGCAAAAGGAGGUAGAACUAAAAAAAUUUGGAGCAACAAUUGUGAAGAAAGUGGAUGCCACAGUAGCUGCUGUCAUCAGUACUCCAGAGGUACUCCAGAAGCAGAGUCGUCAGGUCAAACAUGCUGCUGAGAAUCAAGUUCAUGUAGUUGGUGUGGAAUUCCUUCAAGAACUGUCCAACAAUUCUGAAUCUCUUGCAAUACCCACUGUCUGUGACAUGAUCCAAAAGCAGUCCAUCUGUUCUUGGGGAUCUGAUCCAAGAGCUCGCAUAGAUGCAACAGGGAGGAAAUCAGCCAAGAAGAAAUCUUUUGGAAGCGCAAGCUCCAUGUUUACCAAGAGUGUCCCCAGUUCAAUGAAGAUGCGUGUGAAAGGAGGGGGAGUGGUUGAUCCUGAAUCAGAAUUGGAAGAUGUUGCUCAUGUGUUGAAGAAAGGAGGCACACUUUAUGCUGCUGUCCUGGGAAUGGUGGAUAUGACCCAAGGCACUAAUUCCUACUACAAACUGCAGAUCCUCAGGGCUGAUCAAGGACCACAGGGUCUCCAACGCAUGGAUACAUCAUUUUUACACACUGCAUCAGUGACCUAG